AAAUUAAAUAGUCAUAGAUGGUUCUUUAACGCUUUUGCGGCCCAAUUAAAUCCAAAUGUUUGUAUAUUAUUGGAUGUUGGUACGAAACCUUCUCAUACUUCUGUUUAUCAUCUAUGGAAAGCUUUCGACAGAGAUCCGAACGUUGGUGGUGCUUGCGGUGAAAUUAAGGCCGAACUUGGUGCCUCUUGGAAAAAUUUAAUUAAUCCCUUGGUUGCAUCUCAAAAUUUCGAGUAUAAAAUGUCAAAUAUUUUGGAUAAACCUUUGGAAUCGGUAUUUGGUUAUAUCUCUGUAUUACCAGGUGCCUUCUCUGCUUAUAGAUAUAAAGCAUUACAGAAUACCGAACCCGGUAAAGGUCCUUUGGCUUCUUAUUUUAAAGGUGAAGCUAUGCAUGGGGCUGGUGCUGCCUCCGCUGGUAUCUUUGAAUCUAAUAUGUAUUUGGCCGAAGAUCGUAUCUUGUGUUUUGAAUUGGUCGCAAAAUCUAACGAAUCUUGGACUCUAAAAUACGUGAAGGUAGAUAUAAAACAAACAAAUUCUCAGCCUAAGGCCGAAACGGAUGUACCGGACAAUGUGCCGGAAUUCAUUUCACAACGUCGUAGAUGGUUAAAUGGUUCUUUCUUUGCCGCUUUCUAUUCCGUUGCUAAUUUCACGCGUAUUUGGACUUCUGGUCAACCAUUUUUGCGUAAAAUCCUUUUACAAAUUGAAUUCAUUUAUAAUUCGAUCAAUCUUCUCUUCAAUUGGUUUGCUCUGGGAAACUUUUAUUUGGCAUUCUUUUUCUUGACAUCUGCUACAACUUCAAAUCCAAAAUACGAUCCAUUCAAAGGAUACGGAAAUGACCUAUUUAAUUUAGUCCGUUCAUUAUACUUGAUGGUUAUAGUAACAAUGUUUAUCUGUUCUAUGGGUAAUCGACCACAAGGUUCUAAAAAAACUUAUCUCCUUUGUAUAAUAUUAUUCGCGAUAAUUAUGGCAACGAUGUUAUAUUGUGCAUUUUAUACGGUUUCCAUUAGCGUAAAUGAACUUGCCGAUUUUAAAAACGUAGCAAGUAUAAAGAACGCAUUUAAAAGUGCCGAGUUUCGUGAUAUAGUAAUCUCAUUGGCCUCAACUUAUGGAUUAUAUUUUGGUUCAUCAAUCUUACAUGGUGAACCUUGGCACAUGUUUACUUGUUUGAUUCAAUACACUUUAUUGAUUCCUUUUUAUGUAAAUAUUUUGAUGGUAUACGCUUUUUGUAAUACUCAUGAUGUUUCUUGGGGUACCAAAGGUGAUAAUGGUAACGCUGGUGGAAGUAAUGCACAACCUGUCGCUGGUAAAGAUGGUAAGAAAUUGAUGCAAGUUGAGGUACCACAUGAAAAAGCCGAUGUCAAUGCUGUUUAUGAUGAUUUGAUUAAAGAUUUGAAAGUUAAAGUACUGGAAGAAAAACAACAUCGUGAUGCUGCUACUAAAAAGGAUGAUUACUAUAAAAUGUUUAGAACUAAUUUAGUGUUAGCUUGGAUGUUUUCAAAUGCCGCCUUGGUUGUCUUUUUCACUUCAAAUACUUGGAAUGAAUUGGUUCAGAGUAAAAACGCUAGUAUUUCCUAUAAUCCUUAUUUAACGUUUGUGUUUUGGUCGGUUACUUGCCUUUCGGCUUUUAGAGCUUUCGGAUGCGUUUGGUAUUUGGUCCUUAGAUUGAUUUAUGGAUAA